AGAUUGACCCCUUCCCCCAACCAGAACCUGCGACACCAGAGAGGCAGAGACAGCGACUUCGCCUCGUGUUCCUCUCCCCGGCGGCGCUAGGGUUGCACGCCCGGCGGCGCUACACCUCGCCGGCGGCGCUCCAACUCCCCGGCGGCGCUCCUAGCCGGUUGCUCCUCUCCGGCGACCACCCCUUCGGGCCUCUGUUCUCAUCUGGACGCAAGCAACAACAGCAAAAUGGCUGAUAAGGCAGAUUGGUGUGAUGCCAAUGUGAGGCAUUUCAUUGAUGUAUGCAAAGGAGAGAUAGAUGCUGGGAAUCGGCCGAUGGGAAUGUUCACCAAAACUGGUUGGAAAAAUCUUAGAACUAAGCAUGAAGAAAAAACAGGCCAGAAGCUAACCAAAAAACAAUUAAAGAAUAAGUUGGACAAUAUGAAAAAGGAAUAUACAUGGUUCAUGGAGUUCAAGAAUUAUGCCACUGGGCUUGGAUGGGAUGAGGCAAAGCAAACAAUUGACUGUUCUAAGGAAUGGUGGGAUGAACACCUUGCUAGAUGUAAUAAUCCUGGAAAAGGUAUUAAAUGCAACCAUGUGAGGUUCAGAAAACAAGGACCCAAGCACCUUGAUGAUCUACAUAUACCGCUUCAGGGAGCUAAUUAUGUUGAUAGAGGACAACAUUAUAUGAAGCAUAUAUCUUUUGUAUUAAUGUGGACCAUAUACUUCGUUGUAUUAAUGUGGACCAUAUGGUAGUGAUGGAUGCAAAA